CCUGGGCCGGUGGCUGCGGGAAGGGCACAGCCGCCGGUGGCGGCCCCGCAACACUGCGUGGCCAUGGGCGGGCAGGUGACCAGGAGCCUGCUCUACGAUUCCAUAGGUGGGUCAUUUUCAACUUCCUCCCACCGAUGCCACCACAAGCAGAAGCACUGUCUCCCCAUCCCGCAGUGUGGAGCUCUGUCCAUCAGCCCUCUGCUUUUCCAUCCUCACACGAAGGGAUCCCAGAUCAUCAUGGACACAACUCAGAAGGCAGUGAAGCGCCAGGCUAGCUUCUGCAAUGCCAUUACCUUCAGCAACAGGCCCAUUGUUAUUUAUGAACAAGUCAGGCUUAAGAUCACUAAAAAGCAGUGCUGCUGGAGUGGGGCUCUUCGGCUUGGGUUUACUUCCAAGGAUCCAUCGAGGAUUAACCCUGACACUUUGCCGAAGUAUGCGUGCCCUGACUUGGUUUCCCAAAGUGGUUUUUGGGCCAAGGCUCUGCCAGAAGAGUUUGCAAAUGAGGGAAACAUCAUAGCCUUCUGGGUGGACAAGAAGGGACGGGUUUUCUAUCGGGUGAACGACUCUGCUGCGAUGCUCUUCUUCAGUGGGGUGAGGACGGCAGAGCCCCUCUGGGCUUUGAUUGAUGUCUAUGGACUCACCCGUGGAGUGCAGCUCUUAGACAGUGAGAUCAUCCCUCCCGACUGCCUGCGGCCCCGCUCCUUCACCGCCAUCCGCCGGCCCUCGCUGCGCCGGGAGACAGAGGACACGCGCCUCUCGGUCAGCCUCUGCGACCUCAACCUGCAGGAGGAGACCUUCCACGUGACGGCCACCACGUGUCCCAUCCCGCAGAACUCCCUCAACUCCCAGCACUCCCACCUCCUCCCUUCCCAGCUGGAGAGCGACCUCCGCUUCCACCACCUCCGGGGACCCCACGUCAAGAUCCUCGAUGACCAAACCGUGGCCCGUCUGGAGCACGCACGGGAGGAGAGGACUUUGGUUUUCACCAGCAGACCCCUUCGGAUCAAUGAAACCAUUUUUGUCAAAAUCAACAAGUCCAACGCUGUGCGCACGGGGACGCUGUCCUAUGGGGUGACAUCCUGCGACCCCAACACCUUGCGCCCCAGCGACCUCCCCUAUAACCCUGAGUCCUUGGUUGACCGAAAGGAGUUCUGGGCCAUCUGCCGAGUCGUGGUGCCCCUUCAGAGUGGAGACAUCCUGGGAUUUAUGGUGAAUUCCGAUGGUGAGCUGCACUUGAGUCACAAUGGUGCCAGCAUUGGCAUGCAGGUCUGCACGGACUGCUCCCAGCCCCUCUGGAUGUUCUUCGUUUUACACGGCGCAGUCAUGCAAAUUCGAUUGUUAGGUUCCACCAUAUUAGCGGAGCGGCUGGGACUGUCCACACCGAGCUUGCCUACAUCGACACCCAAUUCCCCCACCGUCCUCUGCAGCGGUGUCUCUGGCCCCCUCUGCAGCUCUAUCGGUGGCACAGCUCCCAACUCUCCAGUCAGCUUGCCUGAGUCGCCCAUCUCCCCAUCCGUCUCAGGGCCCUGGGGAGAUGAAUGUACCAUCUGCUACGAGAACAUGGUAGACACAGUCAUUUACUCCUGUGGACACAUGUGUCUCUGCUAUUCGUGUGGGCUGAAGCUCAAGAAGAUGGCCAACGCUUGCUGCCCCAUCUGCAGACGAGCCAUCAAAGAUAUCAUCAAAACAUACCGCAGCACUUAGAGCAGCAGCAGGUGCUGUGGUGGGGACUAGGCAGGUGGGGAGAAGACUGUGAAACAACACAGGUCUUGGUCUCUAUUCAUCAUCCAGGAGAUUCAAAAAACAUCACCCACCACCACCCUGAUCCCCUUUUCCAUGGAACACAGAUGAGACAAGCUUAGACGCUGGUCUUCUACCCUCCAAGCAAGCCCUGGGGCUGAACUCCAGUGUGUCAGGGAAGCUGCGAUGGACCACUCUCCCUUGUGGAUUUUAAUCUUUAUCUCAAAAAACCAGCUGGUGCAGUCAUCCCUUUUCUACACCAUGCACAGCAGACAGGAGCCUCCAGUGUCUAGCAGGGACAACAAGUGACAGAAGGUUUAGUGCUACACCUCUCCUUCCAGAGACACUGCACAUACAGAGGACAGCUUAGCAGAAGAGGAGAAACAAAACAAACCUGCUUCUAUGUACAAGCAGCCUGACUAUAGGAAACUCCUUAGAAAGGAUGGAAUGAAGCAAGCUUUGACCCAGAGGGGGAGGUGCAGUGAGCACAUUCACAGCAGAAAGACUGUGGCCAGUGCAGAAGUGGACCCAGUAUUUGUGAAGCAAAACCCUCCCCAAGCCUGCAGGCAGAUGAGCAGCUCCUCAGGGCUGUCCCCUGCUGCUCCCUAGCAGAAGCAUUCAUGGCAGGUUUGGCAGCCAGCAUUGGCACUGGCCUUGCUUCCUCUCAGUGGUAUCCAGCCAUCUCUUGUUGCCAUCCUGUUGCAUGACAAGCAGCUCUCAAAGCCCACCACCACGGAUUUGCGUGUGGUCUCCACACAGCACAAGGGACUCAGCAGCAUCUCUGCCCCCAUGGGCCUGCAGCAGAGGGGGAUGUCUCCCACACCUUUCUUCCCCUACCAUCCAGACAGCACUUGUGAGGGAGAAAAUAAAAGAGAAAAAAAAGAAACAAAAACCCCAGCCUCACUGGGGAAGAAUGUAUCAACCCACAUGUCUGCGGGUUUCAUUUACUGGUAACUUCAUCACUGUGCUUCAAGACAAAACCAGCCGGGUGGUACUCAGCCCUUCACAGCCAUGGCUGUCCUUAUGUGUUAGGAAGAAAGGACAGAAAAAAACCCCAACCCAGCUUGAGGGCUUUGGUUUGUUUUAGUUGAUUUAGAUAAAUCCCCAUCCCUCCUGCCCCUGUUGGGAACCGUGUUGUCCCCAUGGUGGGUGCCUGCCACGGCAACCUCAUGGCUGCUGGCCCUUGAGCCUGGUGUAGCAGGAGCCACCUAUCAUCUCGCCUGCCUUCCAGGGCCAUGCAGGAGAUAGAGACAAUGUCUGGGCCCUGAGGUGCGACCAGGGUUGGGGCAGAGCAACAGUGGUGUUUGCCACACUGUGUUACCCAUAAGGUCAGGCUGGAGAAGGUCAUGGAGUUGCACCCCUUCUGCAAAGCCUUUUCCUGUGCUGCAGCAUAUGGCCACUGAUAGGACACAUGGCAACAGCAUGGCACAGGGAUAAAAGCAUUUAAUGUGCACAGACAGUCACUGCAGGAUGCCCCAGCCAGGUGGGUAAAGGAGCACUUGCAGAAGCUGCUCACAGGAGCACCUGGAAAAACAUAUCCUUACUUUGUCCUCUUAAGGAAACUACAGAAGAGGCUACUGGCUGGAGGGAGCAUUGUAGAGCCUUUCUCUAAAGGCAUCACCAUCCCUGCAGCCUACCACAGGGGUUUGCAGCUACCCCCAGCCCCUCCCGGCGGGCAGAACUAACUUGAACGCUGAUAUUCUGGUUACAGGGAUUUACAUUAUUUCUUUGCAUACCUCUCAUGUACCCCCGUAACCCAGCCCUGCCCUCCAAGCUGCUGUCAAAAGCCCUGGAUCAUUAUGGGUCCUGUGUCCAGAUGCUCUCACCAAGGAGUGAGAGGGAGCCUGUUUGGCACAAGUCUGGGGUAGUCACAGCAACCGUGCCAGCAGCAGGCAUGCAGCCAGCCUCCAGCUUGCCCUGGGACAGAGCCAUGACCCGCAGAUACAGGGAGCCUAGUUCAGCAGUUAUACAGACUCCAGGGCUAAGCUUUCAGAAAGAAGGAAGCGAAGGAGUGGGAAGGUGUUGAUGAAAUAGUGGAUGUGGGGAAACGUGCAAUAAGCAGCCUCCCAAGCCUCCCCCACAACAGUGGGACCGGUUCCCCUCCGCGCAGGGCAAGCCAAGGGGUAUAUUUUAUUUUUCAAGAAUCUCCAUCCAUGGGUACCAGUGCAGUGGUGUGAAUUCCCUUUUCACCUCUUGAAUCCAGAGUGUUUUAAUAUAUAACUGUGUUUGUUUUACUGUGGACCAAACUCUAGGAGUUAGCAGAAGCUGAAAACUCCCCCAGCAUCCGAGCUAAAAAAAUUGGGGUUAAGUCCUGCUCCUGGCAUCAGCUGGCCUCUGGUUGUGAGCAGGGAGAAGGAGAGCAAGGCUCUCUCUGCGGAGACAAAAAUAACCACAGCAAAAGCAGUAACAACAAUUCUAACCUUUUGUUUUGUUUGACUGGUGUAGGUUCCCAUGUACCUCCGUGUUCUUGUGUCAUUCGCAUUUCAUUGCUUUACUUUAAGAUGUUUUGUGUUCUGUUUAAAGAGAAGAAUAACUCAUUG